AUGUUUCCUUACCGAGGCGUGCUGGUGGACAUCGCAACAGGCGAGGCAGGGCUGCCGCCCAACCUAUCCACGCCACCACCUACCGCCUCCUCCAGUGGGCGAGGGGCCGCGUCUAAAAAAGACAGCGCACUGCCUGCGAAGCUGUGGCGUGCCGCGUUAGCGGAGCUGCACGUGUUCGACGAAUGCCCCAAGACCGCACCAGGUCCGUCGACAACUGGGUCCACCGCGGCCUCUCGUUUGUCCUCCUCCACCGCAACGAAUGCCGCAGGGGCGCCGCAACGGAAAAAAAUGUCCGCUUCUACCAUCGUGGUGAAAAAGCGACCGCCGCAAAGAAUUGUGGAGGCAGAGGCCGCCGCCGCUGCUGCAGCACAAGCAGCACAAGAAGCCAUUGCGUCAGCUCCACAACAACCUGCGCUCGACGUCCCCUUAGAGCAGCCUUUUGCAGAGGGGAAGAAUACGACGGAGGGCAAGCGACUCUUUAGCGUAGUAACAAACUCCCAAGUCCCUGCAGUCCUUGCGCGGUUGAAGGCGUUGCUGGAAGAUUUUUGUGCAGCGAUCGAGCAGUGUCGAGUGGCGCUGGAGGAGCAGCGGAGCGGCCAAAUGUCCACAUGGGAGAUAGCGAAGCCGGAGGACGACGGACGCGAGGUAUCGGCAAACGAGGAUGCUUCCAUCUCUUACCCGUCCUUGCGGCGCAGAUCACCCGGAUCUCGACAGCGCGACAACCACACGGUAUUCGUCGCAGAUGUGCCGCUACGCAACCAAAGUGCGCAGGUGAUGUCGGAGACAGCAUCCCCCAACUCGAUGAUGGAGGUGCUGCGGGGCGACCACGGGAGCGGCAGCAGCAACUGCUAUCUUCCUCUGACAGAUAGGAGCAUUAGCGGAGAGUCACCGCGCGACGUCGCGGAGCAGAGUGUGUGCGGGUUGGAGGCGGCAGACUUGCCGAAGGGAAUUGUGGCACUGGCCUACAUCAUAGCCGAGUACCUACUCGCCCUCUUCCACCCAACUGCCACCUUCGUGGAGCUCGAAGAGGAGGCGGCGGUGCUGGGGAGUCAAGCGCGCAACGACGACCCAACGCAGCUGUCGGCAUCGUCUCUCGCCCGCGGCGCCCAUCCAGGCGCCGCCGGUGAAGGAAAACGAUCCACGAGCCCGCUCCCUCGCACUGCUUACUCGACGACGCCGCUGACGAGGCCACGCUCCGGCGGCAGAGCAUCGAUCCGUGUCGCCGAGGUCUCGGAGGAGCUGUCGGAGCUGAAGGCAGCUGCGCACGGCUACAUCUGGGACCGCAUCACGACACUAGUGCGCAGCAUUUCCCUUAACUCAACUUCGAUCAGCAGCGAUGUUUCUGUUACCGCUGCUGCUGCUUCUGGCACCGCGGAGAUAAAAGAGAACGGCAAAGUCGCGGCUACGGAAGAGGAGCGCCGGGCACAGGCGUACGUGCAGCUUCCCUUCCUGAUUUGGCUGUACGCCGCAAGCGGGCUCGCCACCGACGCCGCACGCGGACACGAAGAGGCCGCGGCAAAGAUUGGCACAGGAACAGCCACGCCCCCUCUCACCCUUGCUGAGCUGCUGCCCACCGUUGAUACGCUGGCAAGGCAGCUUCUUCGACGUCAGUACGAGCGUGUCCAGCCCACUGCCGAGACGCUGCUGACGGCCAACGCCUUUCUUGCCUCGACCGGCGUCAGAAUGACGGACAAGGCCAUCGUCGAGCGUCUCUUUCCUCUCCAAAGUGGCACCGCCGUCAACGACGUGUUAGCCUUCACUACUUUGCAAUCUACGGCGUCGCUCCUGGGGCACGACGGCGGCGACUUGGUCGACGUGUCCACCGCGACCAACUCGACUCUCAACCCGGUGGCCACCUUGGCGAGCACGACGACCGCCUCGGAAGCUCUCCUGUCCACGGAGGAGGCCUUGUUGGGGUCUAACCGGGGUGCUACGGUCAGUGAAAGCUCUAUGGCUCGAGGGGAGAGCGGCACCAAGGUGGGGCGGAGUCCGCUGAGACGCCUCCGUGGAGCCCUCCAAUCCAGCACGGCCUCGCCGCCGAGUGGAGGGGGAACACGGCUGGGCCACUGCUCCUCUGCGGACGUGUCAACGGUGGAGAUGUACCUGCGCUGGCUGCGCGGCAGGAAGGACUCCGUGGAGCGGGAGGCGGACAAAAGGUCAGGAGGCGCGACACCUUCGAAAGUGAAGGAGCGCGAUACAUGCACGUCCAAGGAGCUGACUUCGGCGCAUACACGCGGUUGUGACCGCGAAGUCGGAGAAGGCGAAGGAGAAAGGGACGGAGGCGAAAAGAGCGGCGCGGACUUGACGGUCGUGAGCAGCCCCACCUCCAGCAACAGCAUUCGAGGUCCAGGCGCGGCGAGCUGCGUGACACAGCGGCAGCAAGAGGAGGUUUUCCACCUUUCCUCGAUGAUGCCAGCUGCUGAUCUUUCCCCGUGCGUGGCCCGAGUGGAGCUGGAACUGCACCAAGCGCGAGGUGCGCUGCAGUUUGCGCGGAAGCUUGGGACGUUGUACGCCACACAGGAUAUGAACACGCUGCUGCCGUUGUUGCCGACGCUGGAGAAGGAAAAAGGUAAGCUCCCCUUGUUGGAGCCUCCUCUCUCCGCCCGUAUGGAGGCCGGCAGCGUAAUUCUGCGUAGCAGCUUCGACAGCUGCGCCGUGUCCGGAUCGCCGAACACGUUCGUUGGCAACUCGAGCCUCAGCGUGCCGACCGGGUACCGUGCGCUGCCGCCGUCGAUGACCAGCCCCCUCACCGUGGCCAACUCCACGUUACUGCCGGGCAGACUUCCGCCGCUCAUUGUGGCGCCGCUGCCACCGAGCGAGCGCCCCUCGGGGGGCAUCCCCGCCAUGUUGACGUCACGCCGCAUGGCGACCAGCGCGUCGACGGCCACCCUCUUUCCCUCCAUCUUGCCACCCAGCAUGGAGUGGGAGUCGCUCAUGGCGCAUUUGAACAUCAGCGCGGCCGCGAUGGCAUCGCUGAGCGAUCAGUUCUUCGUCAGCAGCGCCCGUGCGCUCGAGGUAGCCUUCUCAAUGGCCAUGGUUCUGCUGUCGCACGUGAUGGGCGAGGCGCUGCUGAAGGGCGAGCGCGCCGCGUCGGAGCCGUCGAAUGCCAUCAUUGCUGAAAAAUCAAAGAAGGGGAAGUCAUCGAUGGCGCCCGUCAAAAAACCGCUCUCUGUCAUAUCCGCCUCUAGCGCCGCGGCAGCAAUGUCUAAAGUGGCGGAACCGUCGGGAGUGACACUGACAACGGCAGCCGGGCCACUGGCUGAUGUGCGGCGGCCUCGGCCCCUCUCUUUCGAUCUUGCGAAAGUAUUUGGUUUUGGCAAAAGAUACCGACGCUACCAACAUUAUUCCCUGCUCGUUCGCGACACCCUGGUCAAUGCCGCGCUGAGCGCGCUCCAGCAGAAGGACGUGAUCAUCACACAGGAGCUGCUUCAAUACAUCGCCUUGGAGACCGCCAUCUCGCAUCACUACGCGCAGGUGCAGGAGCAGCAGCUGCCUGCGAGUGUCGCUCCCCCAAUUAAGCCGAACGGCUGGUCUCACAAAAGCGACUCCGCAACGGCAGCCUCGGCAUCGGCUCACCGGACGCGCAAGGGCACGAAGGCGCCUGCACGACAUGUGGGGCAGUGGAUGGCGUCGCUGCUGGACAACUCCACCAGUUUUGUCAACGUUUGGUUCAGUAGCUUUGCGCAUCUGGUCGACACCACAAAGCACUUGCUCAAGGGUGAUCACAACACACCAAGCUCGUUGAAGGACGCGGUUUGGCACCUUGCAGGUUUGGCGCAGUAUUUCUUGCUGACACGAGCUAGAGGCUACGACGUGUACGGCAAGCGGAACCACCUGUCGGCGGCCUCGCAGCCUGUAUAUAUGGACGACCUGUCCGCGAUGUUCUCCUUAUUCUCAGGCAACAGAAGCGGCACGUUGCGAGACAGCAGCGUGGCUGCUUCAGAUCUUGUGGCAAGUCCUGCGCUGCAGCACUACAUCACCUCACAGAUACUUGAGCCAGCGGAAAAGGUACUCGGGGUGAUCGUGUCCUUCAUGGAAAGCAUCGCUGAGGCGCUCACGGCGGACAUGGACAGCGGAGCUGCAACAGAGCGCCAGCAGCGCGAGGGUGUGAUGUUCGCUGAAACAAUAAGCGAAGACGACAACGCCGCCGUCGGUCUUGCCCCGGAGGCCUCCGACUACAUGGGCAGUGCGUGCGACUCACUGAGUCAGCUGAGCAGUGAUGCCGGUGGGGGUGGUGGCGGUGUAGGAGGCGGGUGGAACAGCGCGGCAAAUCGUUCCGAGGCGCAGGAGGCGCCGACGUGCUGGAUGGAGCUUGCGGUUCAUUAUUUCCUCGAGAUUGUGGACGUGCUGCUGGACGUGUCGCUGUACCUACCCGAAAAGCCGCUGAUCAUCUACCAACUCACCGUGGGCGCGUCCCGCAUGCCUGCCUUUGCGUCAGACUUUUUGGACGUGAUGAUGACGGUUGGCUUCGCCGGGCUGCGCUCGCCGUCCAUGUCGGCCACCGACUUCCACCAAUCCACGACGACAGCCGAGGAGGGGGAGAGCACGGGCGACUCAGCGCUGGAGCGUCUGCAAGGGUUCUUGAGCCGCUACACCUCCCUGGUGCUGCAAUCGGCCGUGACAGGGUUUACGGCGGAGGGGCUCAGCACGCCAGCGUGGAUGGCCGCCGCGCAGGGCUCCCCGACCAACGCGUCCACCACGACGGGGCACGGUGAGGAGGCGGCGCCACGCAGGUUUAUGACCACGUUGUUGGCUUCCGUCGCAGCGUCGCUGGCGCCGGUGGGGCUGGAGGAGAUCGCGCUGUCAAGCGUCUUACCAGUGGCGGGGCAGCAGUCGCAGCAGCAGCCACUGCCAACGUCGCGGUCCACCGGAGCGUCAGCGAGUGCCAUGGUAGAGACCUCCUCUAGCCCUGCCGGCCUUUCCUCCAGUACGCGCAGCACCAUGUGGUGGCCUAGAGCACGGUUUCAGCGCUACCCCCACCUCGUUCGCAUCCUGGAGCAUGCGCAGCUCCUUUGUUUGUACCUGAACACGUCCCACGGCGACGAGAGCACCCCCUUGGCGCCAAUUCUUGCGCUCAUGGAGCACGAGGGCGACGCGACGGGGCGCGACUCCUCGCAGCGCCUCCGUGUGAGUGCGGUGACGACGUUGUUGAACACGUCGACUGGGCCGUGUGCGCAGCUGUUAUCUGUGCCGUACGCCUGUCCACCGCUGACCAUCGAGGCGAGCAGCUACGUGGCGAGCAGCGUACCCAAUACGUCGCGCGAGCGGCCGAUGUUCCACUCGCCCAUCGAGCAGCCGCAAGGACGCUACUACAGCGCCGUGACUGGCAGCGCAUCGCACCGUCUUGUUCUCUCGGACCGCGUGCUGCGCGAGGUCUGCGGGGGGUUGUGGAUACGUGUGGAGGUGCUGCAGCUGCUGCGCUUCGCCGCAGCCCCGCUCGACACCGACAGCUUCGAAAGCUUUACAAAGAUGGCGGGCGAGCUGUCGAGACGGGUACGGGAGAAGUCGAUGCAGUCGCAUUACAAGGCCGUGGCAUCCAUGAAGGCACGCGCGGAAUCCGUUCUGCCCAAAUCGUACGCGUCUACCUACGUGCGACUGCUGUUUCUGCGGUACGUGCAGGCCUUCUACGCAGACAUGCAAGCCGUCGGAGCCACAGGGCACGCAGCGGGAGGCCAUCCAGCGAACGGCGCCCGCGCCUCUGCGUCAACCUCGCAGGACCACGCCCCUCCUGAGCGGACGGAAACCUCAGCGAACACGAGUGCACUCCACACAAACAGCAACAGCUAUCGCGCUCACUGGGCACUCCACAUCGAUCCGAACAACGGUGAGACGAUGAUGCGCUCCGUGCCUUCUCCACGCACCAAUGCCUUUCUCACCAGCCCUUUGCAGAACCUCAGUCGGCGCCUGUGGACUCAGUACUGUUAUCAGUUACUGGGGGCACUACGCGACCUGUGCUGGAACAGCACGGAGGCACACGAGACGGCCAACAACCUCUCCAUCGCCUCUGUGUACGGGCGGCUGUUGCAGAUGAUCGGCGGGCGACCAAACAAAGAGGAGUACGAGGACGAGCACGACGAAGAGGAGGGGAGCGAGGGGGAGGACAGCCUGCUCGAUGAGCCCGAUUUCCACCUGGAUGAGACGAACGUCGCCACCAUCAUCACCUUUGACCGAUCACUGGCGCCGUACGGCACAAUCAAGGACGGAAAGCCGAAGGGGUUUGCGGACUUCGAGUCGGCUUCAAGCGGUUCGGAAGGGACCAGAACGCCCACGACACUCGCGUCCCCACCACCAUUUGCUCUGCAGACGCGAAAACCAGGCUCCCUCUCGAAGGCUUCGCGUCGCGACGGGCGAGCCACCAUGACGACGUUGUACUCCAAGCGCAGCACACCGCCGCCUAGCACCGGUUCGCCAAACAAUGGCCCAAUACAGAUCUCCGUCAACAUGAGCGACCUAACCACCCUGCAAAGCCUCGAGCUGAAGCACCGCAACGAAAUGAACUCGCUGCACGGAGACUCCACCGGUGACAAUGGCGCAAGCGCACCCGUCAACUCCCCGCCUGUGACAGCCGCGGUGUCACCUCCUCCGCUGCUGCCGCAGCUGGCGUUGACGGGGCUGAAGCCGCCGCUGUAUUUCGCCAGCUCCGGCGACACGGCGGCCGCACAGGAAGACGCCUACUUCAAAGAGCAGUCGAAGCCGCGACAGGCAGCAGAGGGAGAGGAGGAACGGCAAGGCUGCGUGACGAGCGGGUCGGUGAUGGAGGCCAACUCGUACAUGUUCGAGGCAGACGAAGGCAAAAAUGGCUUUGAGGAAGGGGAGUUGGAGGACUUUGAGUUAAGCUCCGUCUCGCCGAAGUCCUCGCCGCAGAACAUGAGCCUGACGGGGGAGCAGCCGGACCGUUCGCAGGCCAGGAGGCGCAGCCGACCUGACGUGUCCAGCAUCUUUUCACAAGGCGAUGCUGCCGCAAGCCUUGGGAACACGCCAAAGCCUCCAGGACUGACGAUACCGAAGUUGGCCCUCGGCAACCUCGGCCCGCCGUUGUACUUCACCUCUGCGGGUGACACGGGUGUAUUUGCCGAGGUCACGGCCACUGGAUCGCCUGCGCUGCCCUCUGUGGUAGCCGUGCCGGCGCUGAACUUCAACAGCCCCGACGCUGCCGCGAUGGGUGGCGGCUCACCGCCCCUUGCGAAGCACGUCGAUCCAGCGAGACGCCCCGCUCAGGGUAGCACGACCAACGAGCCUCCGACGGAAAAGGCGACGGCGGCUUCCUUCUCCCCACCUCCACCGCCGCCUGUCUCUCCGUCCGUCACCACGAAGACCGUCGGGUGCCUCGCCUUGCCAAAGCUGUCGUUCGAAGCGCUGGGGCCGCCGAUGUACUUCACCUCCUCCGGGGACACGGGUGGCUUCGUCGAGGCACAGGAUGUCACGAACAGCACGCCGAGUCUGCCAACAGUAGAGAGGGUGGCCACGACGGUGGCAACGACGUUUAGCCGAAAUGGAUCGCAAGCAUCUACAAACACGGCUUGCUUCCGCAGCAGUACGGCAGCUCAGAGAGCCCCGCCAGUUGCCUCGCCAACAGAGGUCGGCGGCACCCCCGCUGCCGCCGCCAGCCGCUACCGCGAUUUCAGUUCUUCAGACGCCGCCGACGCUGCGAGCUCCUCCUUGACGUCGAGCUUUGGCGCGCGUGCGGCUACCCGCAAGGACAAGGGCGGCGUCAAUGACGACACAGACAGCCGCGCCGCCCUCGGCAGCCAACCGGACAGCGACUCUUCCCUCGUUUUAUCGGCCGUAUCGGGCAUUGAGGCGGCGCGACAGGCGUGCGGACGGAAGAAGGUCACGCGGCGCAGCCCUCGCCUCUCUGUUACACCGGUGGUGCCUCCGGUGGUGACGAUGGAGCUGAUUCUCUCCCUCUGCUCUAUCAUCCUCCAGCGCGACAGUGGGAUGAUCCAGUACGGUUACACGGUGUCGUCGCUCACACAGAAGCGUGUGCUACCUGGCAUGUCUGCUUCGCAGAGGCGGUGGAUCAACUCUGGUAGCAACGUCGCGGCGUCGAAUGUGCCUGGCGCGUUCCCCUCAACGGCCUUCUUCACCGACAGGGGAAUGGCGGCCAGCCAGGCGGAUCGGUGGCGCUACACACCGCAACACAGCCCCUCGUCGUUUCACGUGAUUCAGGCAUUGCACAAUUAUCUGAAGGACGCGCGUAACACCUUUGUUGUCGACUUACUGGAGGAGUGGAUGCUGGACGAGUACGCAGCGAUGGAGCGGGCGCGCAUGGAGCACUUUGAGGCGGAGUACCAGCCGCUGCAGCGCGGCGGAUGCACUCGUACGCUGUCGUUCUCCUCGACCUGCCGCAGCGGUGCCAACACCACCACAACGGACGCGGUCAACCGGUACAACUCGGCUCUCUCGAUGGGCCGUUUCGUGCUGCUGCGGCUGCUGCUUCCUCGCGCCGUCACCCAGCUUGUCAUUCCUCCCAACGAGCGUCGCAUUGGCUCAGGCGGCUACGGCUCGGUGACGUCGGGCACUGUACAAGCCAUCAGCAAUGCCGCCGCGGCACUGCCGACCCGCUGGGGCCGUCGCGGCCGUCACUGGCGACCCUCACCCGACACGAAUACGAACAGCGGAACGGCCCGCAGCGCAUCGGGAUCGGCUGGAUUUGGCUCGAAGUCGCCGUCGUCGCCUGGACGUGCCAUGAGUGGGGCACUGGAAAACUUGCGUACUCCGUGGCGCGUGGCUGUCUACCGCACGGCUCAGGCGGUCUGCCGCUGCGACGUUGCCAUCAAGCACCUGUCGCUCAGCGCACAAGGCAGCGAGAGCGGCAAUUUGCCUGUGUGCCACGCCGAGGUUCUCACGAUGUACCGUCUUCGUGGCCAUCCCAACAUCGUUCCGCUGCUCUCGUUCGACAACACAAAAGACGAGUACGUACUGAUAAUGCCCAACUACACAUCUGGGUCGUUUCGGGUGUGGCGGCAGAAGCACUACCAACUUGGCUGUGCCGUGCUCUCGCUAUCGUCAGAGCCAAACGAGUUGCAUAAGGGCGGAUCGCUGCUGCUGCGGCCGCUGUCGUCGCCCGCCUCCAGCUGCUCUCUCUUCGCAACCUGCGCGCGCACCCUGCUGCAGGUGCUCGACGCCGUCGUCUUCAUGCACGAGCACCACAUCCGCCACGGCGACAUUAAAUGUGACAACGUACUGAUCGACAGGACGGACGUGGACGUGGAGACCAAACUGGACCCGCCGUGUCUGCCGCUGUCGGUGCGGCUGUGCGACUUCGGCUCCUGCGACACCUGCGACGACGACGACAUUCGCAGCUUGAAGAACGACAUCAUGGCGGGCGCGGCGCGGUUUAUGGCGGGCCGGUGGGGCGUGGGCCGCGGCACGGAGGCGAUCCAGCCGCCAGAGGUCAUGUCGGCGAAGCGGCGCUACACCCUCUUCCACCGCAUCAUGACGACCACCACCACCACCACCUCGGCCGGCGCCGCCAAAGCCGCUGCUCCGCUGCCCGUUGUACUGGAGCGGACGGACCGGGGGCCGUUUGGCGCAAGCAUGUUGGCCACCUCCUUCGACCACCUCCCUCGUAGGGGUGCCGCCGAGAGCGUGGAGGGCGAGGAGCGCGCCCUGACGGAGCGACUACGCCGUGCCGAGCUGUCGGCGGACGUGUGGGCGUGUGGGUGUUUGCUGUACGAAAUGCUCACGGGCCGCAUGCUGUUCGGUGAGGCGCGACUAGGCCGUCUGUUGGUGCUGGCCGCCGCGGACGACGACGCCGGGCAGGAGCAGGGGAGUGGGUGGAGGCCGACCGGCUCCACGGUGCCGCGGGCCGCCUCCAAGGCCACCACCUCCACCGCGGAUGGCGCAUCGCAGGCACGCCAGGCCGCCCCCUUGUCGGCGCCGUCGUCGAUGCGGCAGGCGUUGGAUGAGUGGGAGCGCCACGACUUGGAGAACGCCGUCGGCACGCAGGUGGUGGACUUCAUGUCGUGCCUGCUGGAUCUCGACCCCCUACAGCGACCGAGCGCAGCGGAGGCGCUGUGGCGCUGGAAGGAGAUUCUGAUCAACAUGGGCUUUGACGUGUAG